CCAUUGUGAGGUGAGGACAGGUGGGGGGGUUUGGGGCCGCAGCGGGGCCGGCGGCGGCGGCCGGGACGCGGCACCCGCACGGGACCCCCUCAGCCAUGUUCAAGAUCACCUUGUCUUCUGGAAGCAGACCCACAGUGAACAGAUGAAUCUAUUCAGCCAGACAUUCCUCCAUUAGAGCUCACUCCUCAUGGAGCACCACGGUGGGGAGGAGAUGGACUCCAAAGAGGAAAGUCCUCAGGUGUGGACUGACUCUGCUGAGCAGGAGCAGAAUACUGCUCAGGUGCACUUUGUCCCCGAGGGGGGCACUGUGGCCCAGAUCGUGUACAGCGACGAGCAGGACCGGCCCUCGCAGCAGGUGGUCUACACGGCCGAUGGCACCUCCUACACCUCCGUGGACACCUCAGAGCACACCCUGGUUUACAUCCAUCCUGUGGAAGCUACGCAGACUCUGUUUACAGAUCCGUCCCAAGUGGCUUACGUCCAACAGGAUGCCACCACCCAGCAGGUCACUGUGCUCUUGCCUGCUGCUGCUCAGAGCAUGAAUCCCACCAACCUCUCCGUGCUCGGCAACGUUGCCGAAUCCCCCCAGCCAAUGGCUCUGGAGCAGGGUCCACAAGCAGAUAGAGCAUCAUUACCGGUGCAUAACCAGGUGUUACCUCCUAUGGAGGCAGUGGAUGGCUCUGACCCUUUAGCACCUCUGCAGAAUCAAAUGGGGAGGAUGGAAGCAAAAGAGGAAGACGAUGAGGAUGAAGAUGAGGAUGAAGAAGGGGAAGACACUGACAUGGAUGAAUGGGAUCCAGAUCCACCUCGACCCUUUGAUCCCAAUGAUUUAUGGUGUGAAGAGUGCAAUAACGCCCACCCCUCCGUGUGUCCCAAGCAUGGGCCUUUGCAUCCCAUCCCCAACCGGCCCGUGCUGACCAGGGCCAGGGCCAGCCUGCCCUUGGUGCUCUACAUCGACAGGUUUUUGGGAGGUGUCUUCUCCAAGAGGCGGAUCCCGAAGCGCACGCAGUUUGGACCGGUGGAGGGCCCCCUGGUGAGACAGACUGAGCUCAAAGACUGCUACAUUCACUUGAAGGUUUCUCUUGAUAAGGGUGACAGAAAAGACAGAGAUUUGCAAGAGGACCUAUGGUUUGAGCUUUCUAGCGAGGCUCUUUGUAACUGGAUGAUGUUUGUGCGUCCAGCUCAGAACCAUUUGGAGCAGAACCUGGUCGCCUAUCAGUAUGGCCACCACAUUUAUUACACCACCAUUAAAAACGUGGAGCCCAAGCAGGAACUCAAGGUGUGGUAUGCUGCCUCUUAUGCGGAGUUUGUGAACCAGAAGAUCCAUGACAUAUCUGAGGAGGAAAGGAAGGUUCUGAGAGAGCAGGAGAAGAACUGGCCCUGUUACGAGUGCAAUCGUCGCUUCAUGAGCUCAGAGCAGCUCCAGCAGCACCUCAACUCCCACGAUGAGAAGCUGGACUUCUUCAGCAGAGCCAGAGGCCGAGGCCGUGGCCGAGGAAAGAGGAGGUUUGGACCAGGCAGGCGCCCAGGACGGCCUCCCAAGUUCAUGCGGAUGGAAGUCACCAGUGAAAACGGGGAAAAGUGUGAAGAAGGGACACAGGACUUGCUGCAUUUUUCCAGCAAGGGGCAGUUUGAUGAGGCCGGACAAGCCACACUGAAUGGGUUGGAGCAGCAGGAGCAGACUCCAGUGCCAUCAGAGGCACAGUCAGCACUGGAGCAGCAGCAGCAGCAGCCGCCAGAAAACCACCCCCUGCAAAUCCAGCCGCAGCAGGAAGAGAGCGCGGUGCCCACGCAGAGCACCAUGACGGCAGAUGACAUGAGGCGAGCAAAGCGUAUCAGGAAUGCAGCUCUUCAGCACCUGUUCAUCCGGAAGUCCUUCCGGCCCUUCAAAUGCCUGCAGUGCGGCAAGGCCUUCCGCGAGAAGGACAAACUGGACCAGCACUUGAGGUUCCACGGGCGGGAAGGCAACUGCCCUCUGACCUGCGACAUCUGCAACAAGGGCUUCAUCAACAGCGGUGCCCUGGAGAGCCACAUGAAGUUCCACAUGGACCAGAAAACUUACUCCUGCAUCUUCUGUCCUGAGUCCUUCGACCGCUUGGAUCUGCUGAAGGACCACGUGGCCAUCCACGUCAACGACGGCUACUUCACCUGCCCCACCUGCAAGAAGCGCUUCCCAGACUUCAUCCAGGUGAAGAAGCACGUGCGGAGCUUCCACUCGGAGAAGAUUUACCAGUGCACAGAGUGUGACAAAGCCUUCUGCAGGCCUGACAAGCUGCGCCUCCACAUGCUGCGGCACUCGGACCGCAAGGACUUCCUCUGCUCCACCUGUGGCAAGCAGUUCAAGAGGAAGGACAAGCUGCGAGAGCACAUGCAGAGGAUGCACAACCCAGAGAGGGAAGCCAAGAAAGCCGACCGGAUCAGCCGCUCCAAGACCUUCAAGCCCCGGAUAGCCUCCACCGACUACGAGAGCUUCAUGUUCAAGUGUCGGCUCUGCAUGAUGGGCUUCCGCCGCAGGGGCAUGCUGGUGAAUCAUUUAUCAAAGAGACAUCCAGACAUGAAAAUAGAAGAGGUGCCAGAGCUCACGUUACCCAUCAUCAAACCCAACAGAGAUUACUUCUGUCAGUACUGUGAUAAGGUGUACAAGAGUGCCAGCAAACGCAAAGCACACAUCCUGAAGAACCAUCCUGGUGCUGAGCUACCUCCAAGCAUCCGGAAACUGCGUCCUGCAGGCCCAGGAGAGCCAGAUCCCAUGCUGAGCACCCACACCCAGCUAACUGGCACCAUAGCCACCCCUCCAGUCUGCUGUCCUCACUGCUCCAAGCAGUACAGCAGUAAGACAAAGAUGGUCCAACACAUUCGCAAGAAGCACCCAGAGUUCGCUCAGCUCCCUAACACAAUCCAUGCUCCACUGGCAACAGCUGUCAUCAGCUCCACUCCUGCUGUCCUCACCACUGACAGCACAACUGGAGAGACUGUUGUGACAACAGAUCUCCUGACACAGGCAAUGACAGAGAUAUCCCAGACCCUGACUACAGACUAUCGCACCCCCCAGGGAGACUACCAGCGAAUCCAGUACAUCCCUGUGUCUCAGUCCACAACUGGCUUGCAGCAGCCCCAGCACAUACAGCUGCAGGUUGUUCAAGUGGCCCAGGCUACCUCACCUCACCAGUCCCAGCACUCCACAGUGGACGUUGGGCAGCUUCAUGACCCCCAGACCUACACCCAGCAUGCUAUCCAGGUGCAGCACAUCCAGGUCACAGAGCCAUCCCCAGCAACUCAGCCAUCAUCACAGGUUGGGGGUCAGCCUCUGAGCCCCUCCUCACAACCACCUCAGCAGGAACUCAGCCCCUCCCAGAUGCAGACAGCCACAACAACCCCAAGCCAAGGCCUCCAGCAGCAGCAGGGCUCUUCAGUCCAGCACACCUAUCUUCCCAGCACGUGGAACUCAUUUCGGAGCUACUCCUCUGAGAUCCAGAUGAUGACCAUUCCCCAAGGCCAGUACGUGAUCACAGAGACUGCCGUAGGUACACCGGUCACCACUGUCAACACUGGGCAAGUGAAAGCAGUUACUCAGACUCACUACGUGAUCUCUGAAGGUCAGCCUGAUCUGGAUGUCAAACAAAACUCUUCCCUCUCCAGUGAGGUGCCGGUCGGCGUUUCCCAGCCGCCAGCCCACACGGAUCCCCUGGAAUCCCAAACCAGCAGCCAGCAGCAAACCACCCAGUACAUCAUCACCACCAGCACCAAUGGGAGUGGUGGCAGUGAAGUGCACAUCACCAAACCAAGGACUUUCCCAGCAGAGCAUGAAUGAAGAAGCCUCGUGGGUGUCACUUGUACUUGUCACCUCCCUGCAAGCCCAGCGAGCUGGGUGUCCUGGGGCUCAGUCUGUUUUCAAUCAUAUGCUCACUUUUCAACUCAAAUCAUGGAGCUCUUGUUAAUGCUUUAAAGAAGGUUUAAGUCCCCAGCAAUCAUGAAGAAGUACCCUCAGAGUCCUUCUGGGAUGCUAUUUUGUGCAGCUUUUAACAAAAAGGACAAGAGGAGAAGUGAAACCUCUGCUUGCUCUGGACUUUUCUUGUGGCAUGUCUGCUGACCCUUAGUUUUCCUUUUUGGAAGUGUCUCCAGUAAACCACCUUUCAUUUCAAUUGUAUGGGAAGAAGCUUGCCUACCUGAAGGCUAACUGGCGAAUUAUGUUGUAUGUUUAAACAAAAAGAUACCAUGUUCAGUGCCAGAGUAUGGCAGAACUGCUUGCUGUGUCUCUGUGUCAGCAGCCAAGGUAAAAGGGAACAGACCAGCUCACCGUGGGCAGACUGGAGAAGAGCAGCAGAGCAGAGCGGUGGCCCUGCCUGGGGCUGGGUGUGCAGUGAAGCUGUGAAGAUGUGCAGAAGCAGUCCCUUAAGUUAUUCUCUUUCCAGCCCUCCAGAACUGUUUACAUGCUGCCUGCCCUGCCCUGUCUCACUGAGCCAUUCCAGAAGGAAGGACAAGUGCAGGCGUAAACCCUGAGUGAUAUCACAGCAGCACAUCAGGGUAGUGUGGAGCCACUCUUCCCUCUUUCCUCCUCCAGUAAUUGCAGGGAAAGUUGCCUUUUUGCCUGUAAACAACAAAA